AUGAUGAUGCUGGUCGAGGGUGGUCACAUCGCGUACAAUGAAUUCGACAGCAAGGACACCAUGGCAUGCUUGCGGUCAGUCCAGGAUUACUUGUUCAGUCGUGGAUUCAAACGAGGACACAAAAAAGGCCAGGGGCAGUAUGGACUAACGAAAGAAGUUGUUCUUGCUAGAGAUAA